UCUGAAUGAGAAAGGAUGGAGGAUAAAUAUCGCCAUUUGAAGAAAGUUGUGGAUUGCAUAGAAAACAGAAGUUAUUACGCAAGCGAUUUCAGUGAUUCUGAUGUAGAGUACGCAAAGCGAGAACUGGCGGCUAUAUGCCAUUCACUGUCGUCUAUACCUGCCUAUAUCCAGGUAGAUUUACUCAAAUUCCUUGAUUUGGCAGAAUCCAGAAAGCCACAAGAAUUGAUUAGAUUUAAGAAGCAACAUGAAAUCAUGCCUAGAUAUUUAACGGUUUUAUCAGAGUUUGAAAAGUCUUUGGAACCAAGAGUCAAAACCUCAGAUGAACGUGUGCAUAGCUCACAGAAAGGGAGUGCAAAAUCCUCUGAAGCCAGACCAAAUCCGGAAUAUAAAGGAUCUGCAAAAUCAACGGCUUCAAAAACUAGUAACGAAAUGGCUCGGAAAGACAUAGAAAUUAACGAACUUAAAAACAGGUUAAGCAAGGUUGCUGGGGAGAAGCUGAGGGAUAACAAUCCGUCUAUAGCGGAUCUCAGUGAUAUUAACAGACCAACUAAACUAGCGGAGUACUUCAAGGAACUAUACGACAACGAGUGGACCAGUGCUUAUGACGUACUACACAAAAAGUGGCAGCUUAGAAACGAAGAAGAUAUAGUAAAGAAACUUGGUAAAAUGUUAAAGAUGGCUUAUGAGUUUUGUCUUGAAGAAGCAAGGAAGCACAGAGAAAAAAUCCGAGAAACACUAGUAUAUCCCGUGGGAAUUCACCUAACAUUGAAUGCCAGUGUAGAACCUAAUGUUGAGGAAAAACUACGCCCAAAAAUCCGUCAGAUACAACGAGAAACAGGCGUCUACGCCAUUCCUGCCAUACAAGAGAUGUUUCAACAAGACCAUGAAAGGGAAAUUAAGAUGAACGACUGGGAUGAAUCACCGGAAAUAAUGACUUACAUAAAGAACUGUGUACGAAUUUGCUGGCUAUUUGCAAUUCAAGAUCCACCUAUGCAGUUGUGGUGGCCAAAGGAACAAAGUAAAAUUGAUGAGCACGUCAACGAAUUUACAAAACGGGGAACUACGAUCAGCUAUGUCGUGUGGCCAACAUUAUAUCUACAUAGAAACGGUCCCUUGAUGUCCAAAGGUGUUGUCCAACCAGUAUGAUAAAUCAAUUAAAACGAAUUCAUAACUUUCAUUGGUUUGCAAAGGAAAUAAUUUUCACAGAGUUAUUGCAAUCCAUAAUUAUGUUGAAUGUAUUAUUUCUGCAUGGAGUCAACGUUAGAAAUGAAACACAGAAAGUCAUAAAAAUGUACUUUACUUCUUUGAAAUUGUGACAAGAAAAUCUUUAAGAAAGUGUUAUAAUGUUACAGUAAUUAAGAACACGGAAAUACUAGUUGUUGAAAUAGAUAUUGGCACUCACCC